AUGGGCCAGAGGCAUAACAGACGCCGCACUCGUCGUUCAAAUCGCUCUAUAACCGGUCUCGCUCAACAUCCAACAACUAUUCGAACCCCUCAGAAUAGCUUUUGCAAUAUUGUGUCUGCCGACAACUCUCCUGACGCAUGCAUUUUACGCGAAUCUCCGGCCGCCACCCUCGCCCCAUCAUGGCACUAUGGGAAUACAGCCUGGCAGACCCGUGAACGCCCCUUGCGGCUGGAAUCAGGUGGAAUGGAAGAAGCGCAGUGUCGUCUAUUCGGCGGAGAGCCCGGCGACGAUGUGAGCCUUUGUUACCGCAUGCUUGAGUACUUCGGCGGACUCGACUACAUCGACUCAACGAGUGGCCAUGCCCUUGGAGAUUGA